AUGAAUUCUUCUUCUUCUUCUUCUUCUGCCACCGCCAUUGCAGCAAACACACCCACCAAAUCCAUGAACAGCAGCUGCCAUUGUUGCUGUGUGGUCACCAAGUUCAUGAGGAAACUACUCGUCAAGAGCGUUAACAGGAGCAGAAGAAGAACAACAAGUAGACAGAGUUCAUUCCAAUGCCGCUAUGAUCCAUUAAGCUACUCACUCAACUUCGAAGAACAAGAUUAUUAUAAGUUCUCUGCUUUCUCUUCUCGCUUCCUCGCUAAUCCAUCAUCAUCAUCAUCAUCAACUGCUACUACUAUUUCUUCAACUCAUCCACUCCCGUUAGAGAAAUAA